CCCUUUUCAGUUAAGCUACACGAAACAUCAGACCCGGACAAGAAACAGAUGCUGGAAAGGAUUCAGAAUGCAGUAAAAAGUGCUGUGGAGCCUCUUAAAAAAGCACUGCAAAACAGACUCUCCGAAGAGGAAAUCAGCAAACAAGCUGAGGUGGUGUUACAAGAAGCAAAAGAUAUACUUUCUGAGUGGCUGGAUGCUAAAUUGUGCAGUCAGGUGACCGACAAUGCUAUCUUUUCAAACCUUCCAAAAUUCUGGGAAGAAGAAUAUCAUAAAGAUAUGGCAGCUCUCAAUGUGUUACCUGCAGAUGUCUUAACUCGUGUUAGUGAAUAUGUACCAGAAAUUGUGGACUUUGUUCAGAGGAUUGUAGAUAAUGGAUAUGGUUACGUGUCCAAUGGAUCUGUCUAUUUUGAUACGAUGAAAUUUGAUACAUCUGAGAAACACUCCUAUGCGAAGUUGGUUCCCGAAGCUGUAGGAGAUCAGAAAGCACUUCAGGAAGGUGAAGGUGACCUGAGCAUCUCAGCAGACCGCUUAAGUGAGAAACGUUCUCCGAGUGAUUUUGCUUUAUGGAAAUCCUCCAAACCAGGGGAGCCCUCAUGGGAUUCUCCUUGGGGAAAGGGCCGUCCGGGAUGGCAUAUUGAAUGUUCUGCAAUGGCUGGCUCUAUUCUAGGAGAGUCCAUGGACAUCCAUGGAGGGGGCUUUGACCUUCGAUUCCCCCACCAUGACAAUGAGUUGGCGCAAUCCGAGGCAUAUUUUGAAAAUGACAACUGGGUUCGCUAUUUUCUGCACACUGGGCACUUAACAAUUGCUGGUUGUAAAAUGUCCAAAUCUUUAAAAAACUUCAUCACUAUCAAAGAUGCACUGAAGAAGCAUACAGCUCGGCAAUUACGACUGGCUUUUCUGAUGCAUUCUUGGAAAGAUACACUAGACUAUUCAAACAACACUAUGGAGUCAGCGAUUCAGUAUGAAAAAUUCAUGAAUGAGUUCUUUUUAAAUGUGAAGGACAUCCUUCGUGCUCCUGCUGAUGUGACAGGCCAGUGUGAAAAAUGGGAUACCCAGGAAAUAGCGCUGAAUAAAAGUUUUUUUGACAAGAAGGCAGCAGUCCAUGAAGCAUUGUGUGACAAUAUUGAUACACGCACAGUCUUGGAAGAAAUGCGGUCACUAGUCAGUCAGUGUAAUUCCUACAUCGCUGGAAAGAAGAGCACCAGGCAGAUGCCAAACAGAAUGCUGCUGGAAAACAUAAGCAUUUAUUUGACACAGAUGUUCAAGAUCUUUGGUGCUAUAGAAGGAGAUGAAGCAAAUAUUGGCUUCCCCGUUGGAGGAAAUGGCCAAACCUUAAAUCUUGAAUCUACAGUCAUGCCAUAUCUACACAUUUUGUCUGAAUUCAGAGAAGGUAUACGACAAAUUGCCAAAGAUAAGAAAGUACCUGAAGUUCUGCAGCUCUGUGAUUCUCUUCGGGAUGAUGUCCUUCCGGAGCACGGAGUUCGUUUUGAAGAUCAUGAAGGUCUCCCAACGGUGGUCAAGCUAGUGGACAGGGACACCUUGCUGAAAGAAAGAGAAGAAAAGAAAAAGAUUGAAGAAGAGAAAAAAUUGAAAAAAGAAGCAGCUGCUAGAAAGAAACAAGAACAAGAGGCAGCAAAACUGGCAAAGAUGAAAAUCUCACCAGGAGAAAUGUUUAAGUCUGAACAUGACAAGUAUUCCAAAUUUGAUGAAAAUGGGUUUCCAACCCAUGACAUGGAAGGCAAAGAACUCAGCAAGGGUCAGAUGAAGAAGCUAAAGAAACUCUAUGAAGCACAAGAAAAACUGUACAAAGAAUAUCUUCAGAUGGUUCAGAAUGGAACUGCAAACUGAGAGCAAUACUAGGACCGUUCUUAUUAAAUACAACAGCUGGAUCACUUUUGGUUUGGUUGGGGUAACGGACUUCUACUAUGCUUCCACUUUUGACAGUGUACUAGGUUAAGAAUAAAGGUGUUAUAUAUUUGUGAGUUUAAAACAUCAAUAAAAUUUUGUUACUUAAAGGUCUAUGAAACAUAUAUGUGUGUGACACCAGUUAUUAAAGAAUAAAAAGUACGCUAGCGUAGACGUGGUACAGUCAGCUACUUGAGUUGCAGUCUUCUUUAAUGUAUAACUUCAACCUAGUUUUACUCAAAACAUAGGUGUAAUGAGACAUCUCAGUAAAUGUACUCAGGAUCACUGUCUUUAGUCCUUCACAAGCAUAGAAGAGCUGCUAGACUGGAGUCCAAUAGCAACAAGAUUUUGGGGAUGUGACCUUUCAAGCUCUUUUUGUCUAGAGGAAUUCAUUAUGAGUAGCAUAGAUUUCUUUUGCAUGUUUAAAUAUACUAAGGACAUGUAGCAGGAAAGAAACCAGGAGACCUUAAGAAAGAGUAGACAUAAGUUUGGUAUACUGAGAUUUACAUGUAUUUCUCCAGAAGAUGCACUCUGUUUAAAUUGCCUAGGAAUGAGGACUUGUGGUCAACAAAAACUGAAGCUUGCUUAGGUGGAAAUCUUAACUGUGUGAAAUCUCAUGAAACAGAUCAAGAAAUGUCCGGUUCUUCCCGAAACCCUCAUCUUGCACAG